CCUCACCCCUGGCGAGGACCAGGCGUCCAACACCACAGGACCGCAGGGAGUCGCAGUGACCACCGGCCCUGCUGAGUCAUCGGCAGUGCAGAACCCGGUGGGAUUAGAUAUCUGCAUACAUUGGUCAUCAGUCAAGAAAUACUGACUAUUCGACUCUUAAUGAAACGCGAUAUUUUGCCGAGACGCUGAAAAAAAAAAAAAAAAAAACAGGAAGACCAGGACGCGAGGUUGCGUGCGCGUUGUUUUGAAGAUCAUUCGGAAACGUAUGCAUGCGCGAGAUAAAAUGACUACUGAGGAUAGUUGCUCGUGUUCUUGUUGACAAAAAAACAUAUCACCGUGAGCGCCACAAGCAGGGGAGGCUGGUGUGCCCGCACUAUCUCGCAUAUACCCGACGGAUAGCUCCAGAGGACAAAACAACAAACAGCUGCAAAGUGCCACAAACCCAGGUCGGGCUCCUUCGGAGAACCUGGCGGAAACAACUUAAUUGUCACCGCAACCGGCGUCGACCCGUAUCUUUUCUACAAACCACGACAAGCCAUAAUGAUAGCGACGGCCACCAUAAACGGGCCGUUCGGACCACGGCGGCAGCACAGCCCGUCGCCGUUGAGGGCUCUGAGUCCGGCCAGACGACGACGUGCGACCGCCUCAGCGCAACACAUUCAGCAGAACAAGAUCGGGUGCGUCGUCAACGGCAGGAAGCCACUUCGACUCCGGAAGCGCAGGGUCUCCGUCAACGCAACCGCCAUGAGGGCCGUCAAGUACAACGUGGACCAGUGGGUCGAGGACAACAAGGCUUACUUUCUGCCACCCAUCUGCAACAAGAUGAUGCACAGCGACGGUCAGCUCAAGGUGUUCUACGUGGGCGGUCCCAACGUGCGGCCCGACUAUCACCUGGAAGAAGGCGAAGAGCUCUUCUACAUGCUGCGCGGGGACAUGCUGCUCAAGGUGGUCGAGCACGGCAAGGCCAAGGACGUGGUGAUCCGCGAGGGCGAGGUCUUCCUGCUGCCCAGCAGGAUCCCGCACUCACCGCAGCGCAAGGCCAACACGGUGGGGCUCGUCAUCGAGCGGGAACGGACACAGCAAGAGCUGGACUGCAUGAGGUUCUACCUCGAUGACAGCUGUCAAGAAGUUCUGUACGAACGCUGGCUCCAGUGUGACGACCUGACGCAAAAGCUGGCGAACCUGCUCAACGAGUACAUGGCCUCUGAAGAGCACCGCACCAGAAAGCCUGGGCCAAAAUCCUUCCUGAGGAAGCCAGCCUACGAGCCGGACAGCAGUGUGAACCUGGAAGCGCCCUUCAGUCUCGACCGGUGGCUCGAUAAACAUGGUGCUCAGCUGGACCAAGAAGGCGGCAAGAGGGAUCUGUUCGGGCCGGGCCACCAGUCGACCAUCGUGAUGCUCGGCUACGGAACCCAUGGGACACAGUGUGCCGGCACCGAGACCUUUCUCUGGCAGGUCAAGGGAUCGGCCAGCGUCAGCGUAGCCGGCAAUGCAUUCACCCUGGCUGAGAACGACACAUUGCUCGUGGCCGCGCCCGGGCAGUACACACUUGUGAACCAGUCUGGUGGACGCACUCUUGCUACCAGCAUGCCACCAAAACGCAUCUUAUGAUACACGACCACCACUAAGUGACCACUUAAUAUGUUAGUGGGGACGUUGGAAUCGCUUUUUGAGUGGGCAGCAGCGGUCAUCGCCCUGCAGCAACCAUUAGCUGUGCCAUUCAUUCAGUGUGUCAAAGAAACUGCAGUCAUUCCACAAACUGAUCGAGAGAAAGUGGCGAGGUAAACUACACAGCUUCUUGCCUACCCUCAUCUUCGAUGCCACUAUACUAGGUCAUCCAAUCUUAGUAGCAAACAUCUUAGUAUUCAACCAUGAAUUACCAUUUCUUAUCUUCACAUUCAAUUUUAUGAAUAAAGACAUGGACACUAUAAAACUUGAGGCACAUAUUUUAUCAAUGAACUGUCAAUAUGCAGGUGUCCUUACAAAAUUAUGCUGCUAUGAGCACUAAAAUACUAAAAAAAUAUGCAGAUCCCAAGUAUUGUGGGGUUAUGCGAAGAAUUUCGUAUGUAGCUGGCUAUCCAGUAUCGUUUGGGGUUCUACAAAGCUUUACCUGAUGGACAAACACAUUUCCCAUUAAGUGAAUGACGCUGUAAACUUGGGUACAAAGCAUAGUUCUUGCGACAAUGAUCGGGCCCAUAUUUUUAAAAAAUAAAUGUCUCUCUCUCGAAUUAUCUCGACAAAACAAAUGUGGCAGAUUUAAGAGCUGUAAGAGACACUCAACCUCUUAGCAAUGUAUUGUGGCAGGAAUCUUGAUUUUAGAAAAUCUACAAUUUAGAAUGAAUUUCCCAACGUUGCUACCUUUCAGCAGCAUUUUUUUAAGCACCUACAAUAUUUGAAAGUGACGAUCUCAUUUGACAGAGAAUGCAUCAAUAUUUUAGAAAGAGGCAUUGAAGGCAUUUUGAGAGUUAUCUGCAUGUGCUUACUUAACAAGGUUACGUUAGCAAUUUACCCAUACACUACUACUACUACUACUUAUAGGAAGCAAUAUUUUAUAAAUGGAACAAGUUGUAAAUGUUUUUUACCACUAUGGGCUGUUGUGCGCCUGCUGUAAUAAUGAAUGUAUAGGACUGUUUUAGUUUGAGUGCGUUAUUUUUGUACAGUAAUGAUACAAUGUACAGAUGUGUAUGAAGCAUUUUAGUUGACAAAUGAAAGUUUUGCACAAUAAAUUGCUUUUCAUCCCAAGGAA